CACUCUUUCUGUAUUGUACCAAAAUUUUCUUCUCGGUUUUGAGUAAUAGUUGCUAUUUCAGAUUGUCAUUCAUCUCUCCAUUUUCCUUUCCUUUUCUCUUCUCUCUCUUAGGACUUUCUCAAACACCUACAGUUUCUCACAAUCAUCACACGGUUCCAACGCCUCUCUCUCUCUCUCUCUCUCUCUCUCUCUCUUAACUCUUCUACCUCUGUUAUAUACAUAACAGAUAGCCACAACACCAUGUCAAACCUCCACCUAUCCGUCUCUAGACUCUCUAGCUUCGGCCUUUUCCUCCUAAUCCUCUGUGUCCCCACCUACGGUCGCUUCCUCACCCAGUUCCAUCCAUUAUCGUCUGAUCUAAUCUCCGAUGGGAUCCACAACCACGAUUCCGGUUGGGGUUCCUACCUUGUUCUCAACCGACUCUCCGGCGAGUCUUCAACUUGCGACCAGACUUACGGGUUCUUGCCGUGCACGACCUCGUUAAUGGGAAACCUGUUCCUCAUGGUGGUGUACGGGUACCUCAUGUACUUAGCUGCCAAGUCAUUGUCCGAUGGGAGCGAGCACUUGCUGGAAAUUCUUGGCCCUGGUUUUGUGGGCGGUCUGGUGCUUCCUAUUCUCGGUGCUCUUCCGGAAGCCCUCCUCGUUCUCGUAUCGGGUAUUUCCGGAACUACAGAAACUGCUCAAAAUAAAGUCUCUAUUGGAGUGGGAAUGGUAGCUGGGUCAACUGUUAUACUUCUUACAAUAAUAUGGGGAUCGUGUGUUGUUGUUGGGAAGUGCGACAUUGUUGAUUCAUUUGCACAGGAUACAAAGGAUACAAAAGGGUGUAGUUUAACAAAAUCUGGCAUUAGUACUGAUGUUUGGACUAAGUAUGCUGCAUGGAUAAUGGUCAUAUCUGUCAUCCCACUUUUAGUUGUUCAAAUACCGCAAAUUCUCAAUUUAACUUUAGGGAGGCACUUCGCAGUCUUGAUUGGGCUUAUUGUCUCUCUUCUUCUAUUGGUUUCUUAUAUCCUUUAUCAGGUCCUUCAGCCUUCGAUCCAAACAAGAAAAAUUGCUUAUGUGAAGUACAUGCUUGUUAUAUUAGAACUUCUAAAAAAACUUGCACCGGGAAUGCAGCUCAUGGAGAAUGGUGAACCUAACAAAGACAUCAUUGAAAGGCUGUUUUCUGAAGUUGACAAAGAUAGUGAUGGACAUAUUUCAUAUUCUGAAUUGGAAGCAUUGAUUGGUGGAAUUCACUUUCAACAGAUCGAAGUGAAUCAUGAUGAUGCUAUAAAUAAACUAAUGGAUGAUUUUGAUACAUCUCGUAAUUCUCAAAUUGAAAAGGUGGAGUUUGUCAAUGGCAUUUGUAGAUGGCUAUGCAAGAUAAAUCAGACUGUUGAUCGCGAUCCUGAACCUUACUCAUUUAAUAAGAUUUUUGAUGACUUUCACCAGAAAGCAAAAGAUGAGCAUGCUCAGUUGGAUGUGAGGGAUCCGCGUGAUAAAAAAGUUGAGGGUGUUAAGAAUUCCAAAUGGACCUCUAUCAAUAAGGCAGUACUAUUGUUAUUGCUUGGAACUAUCAUUGCUGUUGCUUUUGCUGAUCCCCUGGUAGAUGCAGUUGAAAACUUCUCUGAUGCCACUAGUAUUCCUGCUUUCUUCAUCUCUUUCAUUGUGCUGCCUUUGGCUACCAGCUCUAGGGAUGCUGUGUCAGCAAUUACAUUUGCUAGCCGUGCCAAGCGGGCAGCAGCCUCAUUCACAUUUUCUGAGCUAUAUGGGGCAGUAACGAUGCAUAAUGUUCUCAAUCUCCCAGUCUUCUUGGCCCUUGUUUACUUCAGGGGAUUGACAUGGGAUUUCUCAUCUGAAGUGCUGGCUAUUCUUAUUGUCAGCAUUGUGAUAGGUGCCUUGGCCAGCUUCCGCACCCAUUUACCUCUGUGGACUUCUAUACCAGCUUUUCUACUUUACCCAUUCUCCCUGGCCCUGGUUUAUGUUCUUCAUUACGUUUUUGGCUGGUCAUAAAAUUGCGGAUGUCCGAAAAUUAUGAUCGGUGGGUUACACAUUUCCUGUGUGAAGAAGAAUCAGGGUUGUUUCUUUAAAUCAGCCGUGCUUGUUUAGCUUGCUUAAGAGAGUUGUGUGUAGUUUAACUUUAGAGUGGAGUUUGUAGUACAUCUUUGUAUUAAAAGUUAGAACCUCAUUUUCUCUCGUCUUUUUGUUUCUUAAAAAAAAAAAAAAAAAGGGGUUACAUAUGCUUGUUUAGUGUGUAAA